AUGUCGCCAGUAGUCCAUACACAUGUACGUGAAUCUUCAUCCUGUUACAGUUUCAACUUCCUUCAGAAAUCCUUUGUAAAGGAGAAUGAUGUUCGCGCCACUAGUCAUAUAGUGUUUAGCAAGGUAAUGGGGGUUUCUGUAUCCUGUGUUCUAAUGGGUGAUAGAUUUGUCCCUGCUAUGUGUGGUCCGCUGGUGCGAGUGCUGGUACCUGGGUGCUUCAGUGCGCGGUUGUCUUGGGUGGGUACGCUCGAUGAUAGAAGUCCUGGCAUCGUCGUGCGGCUCGUGUCUGCAGCUCGUCCUGAGAAGGGCUCCUGUCGGGAUCCUGAUCCCCCGCUCCCGAGAAAAGAACGUUCCCCCCCUCCACAUUGCAUCGCCCGCGCCACAACAGUGUCAGGGGGAAGAUUAGGAUCUGCGUCCUCUGGUGAGACAAGGGCCGGUAAGGGUGACCUCGUGGGUAUGUGUUACAGAAGAAGGGGUGGAGUCCUAUCCCCUGAACACUGUUGGUGGGCCGGGGAUGCAUGGAGGGCUGGGGGGGCAUCAGUCCCCGACCAGGAUGCCCUUCCAGUACGAGCUGCAGCACGAGGCGCAGUACGAUGCCAGACUCUAUCGGGCGUACCCACCCAACAACCGGGCAUGAAGCACCCAGACUCGUCAAGUGUUGGCAGUGAUGAAGACGCGUACGACGAGUGUUCCAAGCCGCCACCAAGGUACAAUUACAAUGCACUCCGAGCCCAGCACUAUGACCAGUACAGGCCCGCCAACACUUCAAACACUACCUCUCCAUUAGGCUACCCAGUCAGCAUGUAUGGACACUCUGGAACACCAUCUGUUUACAACGCAUCGACAUACAAGUAUGAUAGUGGUUUUGUCACCAACAAGGAAGAGAUUUACUCUGGCUCCAAGAGCAUGUAUGCCAAGUCUCCUCCUCUGCCACGCUCCUCGUCCCUCAAUCGAUCCCAAUCUGUCUACACCAAGCCACCGCCUCCCCGCAUGGAUAACUACUCAAGGAACCUUGCUCAGUCUCAGAACUUGUGCCCGAAGUCUCCUGCAACUUUCACAGCUCCGUCCCACAGUGAGAGCAUGUACAAGAAUAACCCACGCCAGGACUCCCUUUACAUCACCAGCAAGUCAGGCAUUGUGAAACCUGAGCCUGUGUACGGGACAGCCGCCUACAACAAGCAGCAUGACUCGGGUGAUUCCAACUACUCAACCUACCGUGGCUCUACGGGCUACAGCUCCUCACGCUCCUCCAACCCUGGUCCCCCCAUCCCCAUGAGCCGCACCCGUCAAGACAACCUCACACCUAACUCAAAUGUCUCGGCACAUUCUGGACUCGUGACGCCUAACUCUGUGGCUUCGUGCUACUCUCCUAACCCGCAGUACUGAACUGGACUUACUCACCAAGCACAAGGAAGAACUCUCAAAUAUCACUAGCUGUAAUACACUAAUAAACUGAUAUUUUUUGGCUACAGACUACUACUCAAAAAGAUCAAAAAGAAAGAAAAAAAAAUAGUAUAGAAUUUCCCUAUAAUAUUGUAGAAUGAUUAGUGGUUUUUGAAGUUCAUGGUACUGGUAUUAUCCUUUAGAAAUAUAAUUCCACUUUGGCACUUUGAGAUUGAACAAGAAAACAGUCUGAUUCUUACACAUUUGUGAAUCCUUCAUAAGUUUUUACUUUUGGGACUUAAGUUGCUUAAACUAGUUCACAAUUUUCAGAGCAAUAUUAAGGAUUUAACUUUCAUUUAAGCCAUUAACUCAGGAUUGUGAAAGUUUCUUGUAUUGUUGUCGUAAAUUUUCCCCCUAGUUUGUUUUUACAGUCACCAAUUAAAAUGUUAAUUUUUUACCAGUCAACCUCUAUCUGCAGGUGAAUUGACAUACAGUAUUCUGAGACUGUAUACCUGUAUGUACUUUUGAAAGGUUAAAACAUCUCCCACUCUCAGUGAGACGUGUUCCAAACUGGAGCGUGUUUUUAAUGGGAGUGCCUGGUGCAUGUUUAUCUUGUGUGUUGAUGCAAAUAUAAGUCCUUUGUGUAAGUCUUUGUGAUACUGUAAUUGGUUGACGUUGUUGUGACUUCAAUAUAUUUUGUGAAAUCAGUGUGGAAGUAGCUUAUCAAAGGGUGUAAAAAGAUGUUUUGCACCUUCUGCUUGCCAUGCAAGCAGUCUUAAUACCAUCAGGGAAGGAACAAAUAUUUCUCUCUGCUGUUUUAUGAUACACUUUAUCUUGGUGUGUUCGUGUGUGGUAGAGUGAGGCUUCGACUUCAGUCCCAAUUAAGAUGUUAAGAUGGGCAUUUUGACUGUGAGUGAUGAAUUUUUAAGCAGUGCAGAUAAAGCAUCCCCAUUCAAACUAAAAUAUUGUAAAAGUUGUAACAAAAAAUUAAAUCCAAUGACAGUUUAUUUGGCUGACCAGAGCUGUACUGUUUGGUAACCUACAUGGCCCAGGUUGGCAAGGAAAAAAGGACUACAUGACAGUGGAAUCUUUAAAAAUGAUUGGGAACAUACACCAAACACCAUCACAUUCAAAUGUUACUGCCUGUGUGUGGUGCUUCUUGAACAAAUCAUUUAUGAACAAUCUGAAGUUUAGGUGAUAUUCAGCUACCACAGUAUUUUGAGAUAAGGUAUUGUAAGUGUGCAUAGUUACCAUUGUUAACUAAAGAUGAUAAUUACUUGAAGAACAAACUUUGGUGUACUAGUUUUUUGUGAAUUUUUAGAGAUACUGUUGAAAAAAUAUAUAUGUAUAUAUAAAAAAGGUUAAGCCUUUUGCUUCUGUUUCUGUAUAUGAUACAGAACAUGUGAUUCAUUCAUUUUGAACACAAAAAGUAUAUUUAGAAAAAUUUCUUUUAUUUAUAUUUUUUCUGUAUGUUAAGUUUUUAAGCAUCCCAGCUGUUGUAAAGUUUUCAUAUUUUUUCUAAGUAUAUGCAUGUUAUUUUUAACCCAAAAAUGGUUUGACAAUUUUAUUCUAAUGCAUGUGUUAUUAAGUUUUCUUUUUUUUUUCUCAUUUCUUUUUUCUUUCAUAUCCCCCCCUCCUAUGUAUAUUGUUCUCUGUGUCAUCAACAAGUUCACUUCUCAUUGGGACCAGAAUGUAUUACAGAGAGUUUCUUUGUUUGACAGUGUUACUUUUUUUUUUUUUUUUUACUUCAGAAGAAUAAACAAAUAACUUGUUCUGACAAUGCUUAAUCGGCAAGAACCAUAGCCCUGGAUAUCUUUGUUUUGUUUGUUUUUCAUUCCCUGGAUGAUAUGGAUAAUGUAAUGCCAGUUACAUAACCAAUUUGUUAAGGAUAUUUCUAAGUCAUUCAAGAUGAACCCAUUUACUUUUGUAUAAAGACUAAAAUGUUUUUAGUACAUUUUUGUUUACCAAAGAACACAAUGUAACAAACAUUUUUUUUUUUUUAGAUGUAGUUGCAUACUCAUAUUACAGUUUCUUUUCUUAAUUAAUAUUCAAAGGCUCCGUAUGUGUCAUUUAUACUGCAAUAUUAUACAGUAUAUAAUAAGCUAAAAUUACAAAUUGUUACUGUUAUUGCAAUAUAUAAAUGUCCUGAAAGACACAAAUAAAAAAUGCAAGAAAAUAUACAGAAACAUAGUUAUACAAAUAUAUAGCUUUCGUACUUGUUCAAUGAAGUCGUAGACAUUUGUAAAUACCAUACAACCAUUGCAAAAUAGCUAUGUACUAUAGAGACCAUACAUAAUAGACAAGUCUUUUACCAUGCUUGAAUGUUAUCACUAAUAUGGUCUGUAAGCUCCUUAAUGACCACUCUCUUUUUGCUAACUUAUCUGACUGAAGAGACAUUUUAUACAGAAUGGAGCUGUUUUGCCAUUGUUGUGUAGGUGUGACUACGACUGCGACAGUUCUGACGUUGACUUCAUUUCCCAAACUUUUUUUUAUAUAUAGCAAAAGAACCCAAAGUAAGGUUCUGUCGCUCAUGUAACUAAAACGUUUAUUUUCAUUUCCCCCUUUUAAAAAAGGGUAUUAAAAAAAA